CUGAAAUAUUUGGUGAAGGUUUGAUGUUUGUUGCCAAGCAACGCAAGUGGACAUCUCCAAACAACGGGAUAGAAAUGAAUUUUGAAAGUAUUUUUGAGAUAAUAUUAUUUAUUGUUACAUUUGUUUUUGCGGAGGAUGUAGAUAAAAAUGGGUAUAUUCUGUAUUGUCCAUGUAUGGGACGUUUCGGCAACCAAGCAGAUCACUUUCUGGGCGCAUUAGGUUUUGCGAAAGGCCUAAACAGAACUCUAGCUUUGCCAGCGUGGGUAGAGUAUCGGUAUGGAGAAGCACAUUCUAUCCAGGUUCCAUUUGAUACAUACUUCCGUGUCGAACCUCUACAGAAGUUUCAUCGUGUGAUAACAAUGGAAGAUUUCAUGAAGAAAAUUGCACCUGAGAUAUGGCCACCAGAAAAAAGAACAGCGUUCUGCUACACGGCGCGCGGCAGCUCCCGGGCGUGCAACCCCAAGGAGGGCAACCCCUUCGGGCCGUUCUGGGACACGUACGGCGUGGACUUCGUGGGCUCCGAGUUCUACGGCCCGCUCCACUACGACGUGUACCACCGCGGCAUGGCGGCCAAGUGGAACAGCAAGUACCCGCCCAGGGAGUGGCCAGGUGCGCACUGGCGCACUUUUAUACUGUUGCUGGCGUUCACCGGCGCGCCGGCCAGCUUCCCCGUGCAGGAGGAGAACAGGGCGCUCCAGAAGCACCUGGUCUGGUCGGAGACCAUCCAGCGCCAGGCCGACCAGUUCAUCAGCAAGAAACUCCCGAGGGCCUUCGUGGGCAUUCACUUACGAAACGGCAUGGACUGGGUGCGGGCGUGCGAGCACGUGCGCCACAGCCCCAGCCUGUUCGCGGCCCCGCAGUGCCUGGGCUACCGCAACGAGCGGGGCGUCGUCACCCCCGCCAUGUGCCUGCCCGGCAAGGAGGCGGUCGUCCGCCAGCUCAAGAGGACCCUGCGCUACGUCAAGGACCUCAGGUCCCUGUUCGUGGCCUCCGACAGCAACCACAUGAUCCCCGACCUGCGGGAGGCCCUCCGGAGGAUGGAGGUGGAGGUGGUUCGAAUGGAGCCUUCGAACCCGCACGUCGAACUGGCGAUACUCGGGUCUGCGAACCACUUCAUAGCCAACUGCGUCUCUUCGUUCUCUGCGUUCGCGAAGCGGGCGCGCGACAUGCGUGGCUUCCCGACCACGUUCUGGGCCUUCCCGCCGGAGAGAGCCACCAACAGCUCGCACGACGAGUUGUGAGGCGGCUCUGCACAGUGCACAGUUCUCCUAUUUAUUGUGAAUUUUGUAACUCGAGUGGAUAAUAAUUUUAUACGUGUUUUGUAAGAUAGGUGUUUUAUCAUAUCAGUAUGUCUUUACAGCUGUACAGGUGUUACUUGUACAGGUAUGAUUGUAUUAGUAUUGUGCGACUUGAAGCGAGAGGAGAUCCGAGAGAAGGCAAGGGGCCGAGUGAAGAUGUGCCACGAGGGGCACUCGAGGGUUCGUCGUAUCUUGUGACCGGCAGACACAUUGAUUCCAUGGACUAGAUGAUUGUCAAGUAUUCGUCCAUGCCCUGCAGUUUACUAACAUGUCGUCGUCCGACCUAGCGGCGUCUCGCUCGCUCGCAAUCGUGACAGCAGACCCCCACUCUGGUGUGCACUCAGGCCAGUAAAAUGCUGUCCCUUCCCUCGGCAGCCACGGGCUCCGAGCACUGCCCCCAGAACCACCUCUCUCUCAGCUGUUUGUGCUCAUGUGCUAUCAUUGUGUGCUAUCGAAAGUAGUUUUAAGCGAAACCAUUUUAUCAUUUGCUUGCAUUUUAAUUGUGGAUUUUUCAUGUUAUUUAUUUUAUUUGUUAUACAUCUCUACAAAAAAUAUUUACUGUUGAUAUGGGUCAUGGAGUGGUAUCAAAGGAAUGGAACAUGUUGGGUUGAAAGUAGAUGGUAAUAAUGAUUGGAGGAAUAGAGAGGUGUUGGAGGCAUUUACAUAGUUUCUUUGUACACUUUUGGAAGAUGUUUAGUUUAGGAUUAUUGAUUAAAUUAGUUCAAAAUAUUUUAA